AUGGGCGAAGUUCGAGGAGCGGACGGUGGUAAGGUACCGGUGAUGUUGUCUAACUGUGCGGGGGUACAAUACUAUCGGCCCUCGAGGAUCGCCAAUGUUGGGUGUGGAGACAUCCAAUGGAAAGGCGGGAAAGAACGGGGUCGGCAAAGGACGCGGACGUCCCCCACCAGGCGCCUCGGGGCAGGGUCGCACAGGUCCCCGUCAAAGGACAGAGCCCGGUCUGCUCCUCCGAACGGGAACAGAUCGCGAAGUUGCAGUCUGGAAAGACCAUGGAAGGGUCCAGGAAUGUCCAGCAGGAUAGUGCGCAUGUACAUCAGAGGUCGACCAAUCACGAUGGUCGCUCCCAUAGAGGGCGGUGAGGUGAAAGAGACAGCACCACCAAAGAAAAGACUGGAACUUGACUGGGUCUAUGGUUACAACGGCAGCAGUUGUAGGGCCAACUUACACCAGCUCGGGUCGGGGGAGGUUGUGUACUUUAUCGCUGCUGUGGCAGUGUUGUACGACACCAAGGAGAAGGCACAGAGGCACUACUUGGGCCACACGGACGACAUCACGUGCCUUGCUGUUCACCCUGACGGUGUAACGGUCGUCAGUGGGCAAGUCGGGGGGCAUCGUAGGGACAUAGAGCUGCCGCACUAUGCCAAGCUGGAUCCCUACUUCAGCACCCCGGGCAGAGACAACUGGUACAAGUCCCGCGUGUGUAUCUGGGACUCCAGGACGCUACACACGAUAUCAGUCAUCGGCGCCGGACAGCUUCAGUUCGGGCCACGGGCGGUCUCGUUUUCCGUGAGGGAUGGCGGUUCACAACUGGCGAUCGCGAAUGAGAAUGGUGGCGGCACGAUGCUUCGGCUCUGGGACUGGAAGAAAAAACACGUACUCGCCGAGGCAAAGGCGACAACCGACCCGCUAUUUUUAACCGUAUUCAACCCAACCGACAACACUCAGCUGGUCACAGCUGGAAAAGGUCACGUGACGUUCUGGACUUUGAAGAAAAACGGACUUUUAUCCAGGAAAAACGGAAUAUUUGGGAAAUUGAAGCCAAAGUACGUCGAGUGCAUCUCCUUUACGCAAAACGGUGACGUCAUCACGGGAGACUCAAAAGGAAACAUAUUGAUAUUCAAGAAAGAUUCAAACCAAGCGGGACGUUCCAUUAUUGGUGCGCACAAAGACGGAGUGACGGCACUGUACUUGAGGAGGGACGGGACACUAAUAUCAGGGGGAGGUGACAAGAAACUCGUCCUGUGGGACCUUGACCUCCAGAAGCCUCUGAAAAUCGCCAAGCUUCCAAAGAAGACGGGUAAAGUCAGGUCUAUCUGCGUACUUGAUCAAGGAGGCUCUACGGUUGACAGCAACAUCUACGUGGGCACCACGGGCAACUGUUUGUGUGAGGGGAAGAUCGGGGGAGACUUUAUACUAACAACUCAGGGCCACCACUCGGAGCUGCUGACUGUCGCCACCCAUCCCUCACAACCCGUGUUCCUCACCUCUGAUGACCUCAGCCACGUUAUAUUAUGGAACGCUUCACUCCGACAAGCUGUUUGGCGAACACUGCUCAAGUAUCCCGCUCACUCAGCUGACUUCUACCCGGACGGUAAACUCAUUGCAGUUGGUUCUGCUUCGGGACGAUUGUGCGUGCUGGGCGCCAUGACGGGUGACGUCAUUUUCAGACGACAACAAGCCAGUGAGCAACUGGACUGUCUCAAAUACUCGCCCAACGGGGAAAUGCUUGCAGUCGGGUCGCAUGAAAAUUGUAUCUACGUCUACACUGUUCACAACAACGGUCGUUCUUACAAGAAAAUAGGGACGCUACGAGGCCAUUCUAGUUACGUCACGCACCUGGACUGGGACGUCAGCAGCAGGUUCCUCCAGAGCACAUCCGGGGACUACGAGCUUCUGUACUGGGACGUCAUCGGAUUACGUCAUGUUAACCACGCGUCCAGCAUGAGUGACGUCACUUGGGCGACACAGACCUGUGUGUUUGGAUACAGCGUUUUCGGUAUGUGGCCUGAAGAUGCGGACGGAACUGACAUUAACGCCUGUGCAGCUUCAAACGACCGUACCAUGCUGGCGUCAUCUGACGACUUCGGCAAAGUCAAUCUCUACCGCUACCCAUGUUCCACUCCUAUGUCUCCAGGCCAAAUCUACCCAGGACACAGCAGUCACGUGACGUGUGUCCGGUUCCUGUAUGAUGACAGCUACCUGUUAUCAACAGGCGGGGCGGACUCUGCAGUCUUCCAAUGGAGAGUGGUCAGCAAGGGAGCAAAGCUUCAUAAAUCCGCCAGAGGGCAGCCAUCAGCGGACGAUCUUGGUGUUUCAAAGUUGACAUUCAUCAAUGACCUUCUCGACGACAUAGUAAUAAGUGGUAAAAAUCAGGAAAAUGGUUCAUCAGCAUUACCUCACAGCCCUAACAACGAAAGAAACUCCACCAGGACAAGGCAAAGGAAUAACACCAAAAAUGAAAACCAACCAAGUGCACACCAGCCAAUGACGCCAAUACUCCAGACUGAUGAUCAAGCGUUAAUAGAUCAUAUUUUUGCCAUAAACUGAAGUGACAUAGUCAACUUUGGAAAAACAAAGAAAUUGA